GGGUUUUCUCCUGGUGCUGCAAUGUCCCCUUUUAGUCCAAAAACAUGCUGGUUGGUUAAUCAGCUCUGGAGCUGUGGAUUAAGUGGUAGAAAACAGGCGAAUGGCUAAGCAGGCCAGCUAGAGGAAGAGAACUAUGACUUCAGGUUAGUUAAUUAUAGGAAUUGACAUUCGGCGAGUGCUGCUACAUAUUUUUGUCCUUAAAAAAAAUACAUGAAUUGAAUAAAUAGGAUAGUGGUAGAAGAUUAUUUAAUGUUACUUGUCGGACAGAAGGGCUUUUCACUUAUAGUUAAAUGCAGGCUUCCAAACGUCUCUCUCUCUUUUUUGCAAGUAUUAAUUGACCUUCGUAGAGUUUUUCAUGCAAAGACUUGAAUUCCUGCUUUACUGUGAAAGUCUGAUUCCACAUGAAUCCACAGAAGAGCAGGGAGCCAAGGGAGCUAUGAGCUCAGUCCCCCUCCACUUAGACCAUAGUGUGUUUGUGUUAGUGGUGCCGUGUCUUUUGCCUGACACUCGCUGACCGCACUGGUCUCAUGAGUCAAAUAUGAAAAUCGUGUUGCACACAAAGGAUAUGAAACUGUGAUGCCCCAAACAGCACAUUAAAAAUCUGUCUGCAUGCAUAUGCACACUCAUUGACAGCAAAAAAUUGAGAAAUAACGUACACCUGUUUUUUGAAAGCACAAAGCAAAACAACGUUUACCCAGUCUAAAUCAACACUAGCCCUAAUUUAAAAAACAAGUGGCAGUGUCAUCAUCUGUUGAUUCUUUUAUUAGUUUUACACAUGACCUGCAGAGCUAGCCUUAGCAGCCAAUAGGAAAAUUGCACUCUAAGCAUGAUUAAAAUCUCUGCAUAUUUUUGCAUCUUUCAUUACAGCACAGUAGGACGGUAUCAUAGUAACUUCCAACAGAAAUAACAACACUUACCCAAGAAUCAAGCGUAUUGAAAGGUUUAUGGAGUUUAUUAAGGUUUAGUCACAAUAAAGUUUCGGCUGAACCUGUGUGGGUGAGGGCUGACCUCCUGGCCAGAGAAUGAGGAGGCUGGGACCCCCAUACAGAGUGAGGGGUGACCCAGGGGCAGCUGCAGAGGGGGAGAUGGGGGGGAAGAGGGAGGCAGGAGACCUUGUGUGUGAGAGAAGGAGAGAAGGGGGUCACAUACAGUAUUUAUAGUGUUUUAGGAAAGGAAAUGACAUUAGGAUUGAUUACAAAUUACUGACAGCUGAGGCUGAUUGAACUUGGCUGUUGGAAUACCUCCCGAACUUUCAUUAUAAACUCCAUUAAAUAACUGUCGAGAAAGGUUGUUUACAUUAUUUACUUUUAUUGCAGAAUCCACUCCUGACUGUUUAACGCAAUUCAGUUUCUUGUAGCAUUCAAUAAACAAGCUAUGAUGAGUUUGAAUGGAGUUGCCUCAUUCAGUUUUCCUUGAAGAACGUUUUUCUUAGAAAGAACGUCAUUCCAUUAGAACUAUGGUGCUUGUCCCUGAUUUUUCCAGGAAACACCAAGUAGCCUAAUUGUAGCACGCACGAUCCGAUUUUUGGACCUUCCAGAAUUCUUAAUUUUCUAUCUGCAGGAAUGUAGACAUUUCCAGGAAGUCAUCAAGUCUGGUUCUGGAAGUCACCUUUCCACAGAUAACAAGAAAGCUUAGGGUCACUGAAAAAAACAAUCUUAGGAGUUUACUGUUGCUGAUAUUAUCAAGACUGUCACUACAAUGACUUUGGAAGUGAUGAACAAAAAUAAACUUAAGAGAGCCAAAAAAAAAAUAAACAGAACAGUCCUUCUCUGUCCAGGAAGAUUUGAUUUGUUUUUUUGUACAAUCUCAGUGAAGUGAGAAAGAUUGUGAUGGUUAUGCAAUGCAGAACUUCUUAGGAAAGUGCAUUCUUUGGAAAGAAGUGACAAUGAACAUGCAUUUGUGUGUUUUUUAUACUGUAGUGUUUUCAAGGAAGGGUUUACAUCUCAAUGAGGUUAAUGUAAGCCAUGUCUGGAUUGUCAUAUCAGUUAACUUCAAGAUAACCUUUGGAAGAAAACUAAAACACAAACCAGUGGACAAGAACAUUGAAUUCUGAGAGAGGGAGGCACUAUACACUAGGUAACCGGAGCAAUAAUUCACAUUGUUGGAUACGCUGUUAAAGUAGAAACAAUUAUUAUUGUGCUGCAAAUGGAAGUGGCACAGAGCAGGGAUUCAAUUGUGUUUGUUAAAAAAGUCAUUGAAACAUUUUGCCAUAUGCUUUAUGUUAAGGAAGCAAUCCUGUGUUGGUCCAAUAGGGCUUUACUGUAAUCUCUUUUUUCGGGAUUAAAAGGACACUAUAUAUCCUUUAAGGAAACAGUGCAGCCCCCUUGAAAAGAAGAGAUGAUAGCGCAAUUACCUUUCAUCUGUUAAUCUAGCAGUGCCAGUCUCUCUUCUAGUCCCUCUAGCAGGCAUGAAGAGGACGGACCCCAGCCUAUAUGUAAAGCCCACAACUUGUCAGCAGGUCACAUUCUGAAAUGACAGUCAGAUUCUGUUUUUCUUGCUCUGGCCCCUAAUCCCUGCUCAUCGCCUUCAUGGGACUUGCAAGCAGGCACCAAGCAAGAGGAGAAAACCAGCGAAGUGAAGAGGUGACUUUCUGGCUCAUCCUUCUGCACAGAGACGGAAAUGAAGGAGCGUGUGGGAAAAGAGUACUUAGCACCAGAGCUGAAUUUAGCUGAAUGUCACCCCUGUAGAGUAAUGAGAGAAACUAGACUCACCAGCAGAGAGCACGGCAAUUUAAAUAGGCAAAUAAGAUUAUAAUAGAGGACACCGAGACUGCCGGGUGUCUCCCAGUCUUUCUCCUUUCUGGACAGCGUAAUGUUUAAAAAUAAAUGAUGAAAUGUGCCACCCCUGGAAUGGAAGCUGAGCUACGCACCGCAAGUGGUAAAAAAAGGCAGAAGUUCUUUUGCCAGACCGAGCCGACGUGGAGAUUUGAAGUGACCCAGUUCCACCAGGUGAGAAGAGUGAUGACCAUCCUGUUCCUUACUAUGGUAAUUUCGUACUUCAGUUGCAUGAGAGCUGCCCCCAUGAAAGAAGCAGCCGGGAUCCGCAGCCACUUCGGCGUGGGUUACCCGGGCGCGGCGCGAGGCCACGGGACUCCGGAGAGCGGGGGCGGGGCGCCGCGGGGGCUGCCGUCCCUGGCGGACACGUUUGAGCAGGUGAUCGAGGAGCUGCUGGAGGGCGAGGGGGAGCCGCGGGGGGCUGGGGCCGCCCAGGGGGACGAGCCCCGAGACGCGGACCUGUACACGUCGCGGGUGAUGAUCAGCAACCAAGUGCCUUUGGAGCCCCCUCUGCUCUUUCUCCUGGAGGAGUACAAAAACUACCUGGACGCGGCGAACAUGUCCAUGCGGGUGAGAAGGCACUCCGACCCGGCGCGGAGGGGGGAGCUGAGUGUGUGUGACAGUAUUAGCCAGUGGGUGACGGCCGUGGAAAAGAAGACCGCAGUGGACAUGUCUGGGCAGACCGUCACAGUGCUAGAGAAGGUGCCGGUGUCCAAUGGCCAACUCAAGCAAUACUUUUAUGAGACCAAAUGCAACCCCAAGGGGUACACCAACGAGGCUUGUAGAGGGAUAGACAAACGCCACUACAACUCUCAGUGUCGGACAACCCAGUCAUUUGUCCGGGCAUUCACCAUGGAUAACAAGAAAAAAAAAGCCUGGCGCUUUAUAAGAAUAGACACUUCGUGUGUAUGUACGCUCACCAUUAAGAGGGGGAGAUAGUGAAUUAAAUGUUGUAUAGAUUUUAUUGAGAGUAAAAAAAAAAAAACAGAGAGAAAAUAUCUAUUUGUAUAUAUACAUAACAGGGUAAAUUAUUCCGUCAAAUGAAAAAAUUUUAUGGACUGCAUGUAAAAAAAAAAGAUGAAGUUUAUACAGUAAAGUGGUAAUACAGUCUAUUUAUUGAACAUAAACAUGACCUUCGGAGACGAAAAAAGUUAAAAUUAAAAAAAAAAAAUCAAUCAGUCAUUUGCGCACAAUCUGAAAUUAACUCUGUAUGACAUUCCUCAAAACAUUGUGGUCUGUUUACGUUGCCAAGAAUUUGGGGUGAAAAAAAAGAGGAAAAAAAAUGAGGGAAGAGUUAAAAAAAAAAAAUCUAAAAAUACUGCAUGCUGCUUCAAUUGUGAAUUGAGAAAACUGUCCACUUUGGAAACAAAAAGGAUAUAAAUUCCGACCAAAACAUUCCGUUUACAUUUUUAACAGUAAGUGGUCUUUCUUCCUGAUAGUACUUUAUCUGUUUACUGCUUUAAACUUCUCAGAGGCAGUGUUGGAAUUACUAAUGUCAAGGUGCUGUUGUCAAAGCUUUGCUGUUUAUUUUUUUAAUCCCACAGGUUUAAAAAAAAAAAAGAUAUGAAAAUAUAAAGAUUAUUCAUUGACAUUUGUUCUGGAUUAAUAUAAUUCAUUUUGUAUGUUGUGACGUUGUUUGCAAUAUUAAAUUGGAAUAUUUGAAGAAAUAAAAUGAUUAUAGGCAACUGAACGCAAAAACCACUGAAACUGACCUUUGAACUCUCCCUGGGCAUCCUGGGUUUGUCUGUACCAGCAGAAUUGGGCUUUGUCCUCUCUUUUAAAGAAGGUUACAGGCCGUAGGAAGCCAUUCAGCCUACUGAUCUUGGCAUUUACACAAACAAGCUCCAAGUUAAGGGGCUUUGGGAACAUAUAUUAUUGUUAGUUGGAGCAGGCCCAGUUCCCCAGGAGACCAUAGUAGACUGGUCACCCACUUCCUAAAGCAUACAGUCAUGAAGUGUCUUGAAAAUUGACAACAUCUUCUUUUUUAAUUUCUGCAUCUUUUAGGACAAAUCUUCAGGAAGUUGCUGAAGAGCACAGUACUGUAUCAAAAGAUUACGCGGCCACUUCCCUAAACCAGCUUUUCCCCUCCAAAUCCCCCCCCCCGCAGUCCCUGCCCCCUGCUUACUUCUGAUUGCCCCCAAGUUUUCACAUCUUUCUCAGGAUCUCACUCACAACGCCUUACAUGUAUUACUUUGCAGACUCCAGUACAGAACUACUGAAUGAAAUGGACACUCCGACGAUGUCAUUUAUUUAAUAUAAGCCAGGGGCGUGCACCAUUCCACACCUUAUUUCAUAUGCAAGAGCUGAAAAAAAAAAAAA